UCCUGGUCGGCUACCGUAGCGUAGUGACAACACAGCAAAGCACUUUGGUCGGAGUCUGCCUGCGGCUAAGCUGCUAGCUUGGCUGAUAAGUAGCUACCCGGUUUGUGGUGAAUGCGGACGGUCGGGCUGUGAUAUAGACAGUUGACGUUCGUCUAUCCAGGACUUGGAACUAGCAGAGAAUAAAAUGAGGCUGAAGGAGAUCCAGAGGACUGCCCACCAGGCGUGGAGUCCUGCCGGACACCAUCCCAUCCACCUGGCCUUGGGAACAUCAGCACAACAGCUUGAUGCCUCCUUCAACACCACAGCUGCCCUGGAGAUAUUUGAGGUGGAUUUUUCUGACCCCUCUCUGGAAAUGCAGCUCAAAGGGUCACUACCCACAACAAACAGGUUGCACAGUAUCGUAUGGGUGAAUUUUGGAAUGGGAGCAGAUGGUACUGGAGGGAGACUGGUUGGUGGCAGUGAAAAUGGCACAUUGACUGUAUAUAACCCAGAGGUCAUAAUGAGCGCCGGAGCUGAUGCUGAUGCUGUAGUGGGACAGUCUGACAAACACACUGGACCUAUUCGAGCACUCGAUUUUAACCCUUUUCAGAGUAAUCUCCUUGCGUCAGGGGCAAAUGAUUCAGAGAUAUAUAUCUGGGAUCUGAACAACUUCAGCAGUCCGAUGACUCCAGGAGCAAAGACACAGCCUGCUGAAGACAUCAGUGUCGUGUCCUGGAACAGGCAGGUUCAGCACAUCCUGGCCUCUGCCAGCCCCAGUGGAAAAGCAGUUGUGUGGGACCUGAGAAAGAAUGAACCCAUCAUCAAGAUCAGUGACCACAGCAACAGGAUGCACUGCUCAGGAAUGCUCUGGCAUCCUGAAGUGGCCACUCAGUUGGUGUUGGCCUCUGAGGAUGAUCGACUCCCAGUCAUCCAGAUGUGGGACCUCCGUUUUGCCACAUCACCCCUUAAAGUACUUGAGAACCACACAAGGGGAAUUCUGUCCAUCUCCUGGAGCCAGGCUGACCCUGAGCUCCUGCUGAGUAGUGCUAAAGACAACAGGAUCCUCUGCUGGAAUCCAAACACUGCAGAGGUAAUCUAUGAGCUUCCAACAACAAACCAGUGGUGCUUUGAUGUCCAAUGGUGCCCCAGGAAUCCAGCCCUGCUAUCUGCCGCCUCAUUUGAUGGGAGAAUCACUGUCUACUCUGUGAUGGGAGGGAGCUUGAAGGCUCAGCAGCAAAGCACAGCUGAUAAGAUCUCCUCCUCGUUUGACACCAUGGAUCCCUUCGGUACAGGGCAGGUGCUGCCUCCCCUGCAAGUUCCUCAGUCUACAUUGCAGGACACCAUAGUCCCCCCACUAAAGAAGCCUCCGAAGUGGGUGCGCAGGCCAGUGGGGGCCUCCUUUGCUUUUGGUGGAAAACUGAUAACCUUCGAGAAUCCCAAGCUGGCUCCAGUGCAGAGCCCUCAGCCCGUCCCCAGACAGGUCUUUGUGAGCCAGGUUACCACGGAGACAGAGUUCCUCCAGCGCUCCAGGGAGCUGCAGGCAGCGCUGCAGUCGGGCUCCUUCAACAACUACUGCCAGGCCAAGAUUCAGAACGCCAAGUCCGAUGCUGAGCAGGACAUAUGGAAGUUCCUUCUGGUGAACUUUGAGGAUGAAGCUCGUAUUAAAUUCCUCAGGCUUUUGGGUUUCAGCAAAGAUGACUUGGAGAAAAAGAUUUCAAAAUGUCUGGGGAAGAGUUUUCAGCACAACGGUCACGGAGUCGAUGCCAAAGAUCUGGCAGAGAAGAUGCAGCGACUCUCCACUGAGAGGACUGAAGAAGCAACUGAUGCUAGAACUUCAGGUUCUGUUUCACCAGCAGACUUCUUUAGUCACACUCCGCAGGAAAACUCAAACUUCCAGAUCCCUGUGUCAUGUGAUACCGAUGGUUUGAUAAGCCAGGCGCUGCUGGUGGGUAACUUCGAGGGAGCUGUGGAUCUGUGUCUGAACGACGGCCGUUACGCUGAAGCCAUCCUGCUGUCUAUCAGCGGAGGAGAGGAGCUGCUCAAGAAGACCCAGCAAAAAUACCUGAGCAAGCAAAAGAACAGCAUUUCAAUGCUCAUCUCCUCAGUGGUGACCCAGAACUGGAGGGACAUAGUGCAAAGCUGCGAGUUGGACAAUUGGAAGGAGGCUCUUGCUGCUCUGCUGACAUACGCUCACCCUGAAGAGUUCGCCCGCCUGUGCGAUACCCUGGGAGGCCGGUUGGAGCACGAGAAGUCAGAGAAGCGCUGUCUGCAGGCCUGUCUGUGUUACAUCUGCUCGGGGAACAUUGAGAAGCUCGUAGAGUGCUGGGCCUCGCAGAGAGAAAGCUCUACCCCUCUUGGUCUAGAGGAUCUGGUGGAAAAAGUAAUGAUGCUGCGUAAGUCAAUCGAACGUCUCCGCAACAGCGAGGUGGCAGUCCAGAGCCCCAUCCUGGCAGAGAAGCUGACCUGCUAUGCUGGCAUACUGGCUGCAGAGGGCAGUCUGGCCACUGCCAUGACCUACCUGCCUGAAAACACAGACCAACCUGGGAUCAUGAUGCUGAGAGACAGACUGUUCCACGCUCAGGGAGAGGCUCCUGUUGGACAGCAGCCUCCAAACUCCUUCAACAGAGCCAAUGUGUCCACAGCCAAGCCUGCUCCUGCUGCCGCUGCACCGAAAGCACAAAUCAUGAGUGAAUAUCAGCCUUCCGCUCCUGCCCAGCAGCAGCCUCCUUUGCCAUCGGUUUUUACUCCACAACCUGCCCCCACCAACACCAGGCCUGGUCUGCCACCUUCUUCUCAUGUACUGCCACCCAGUGCGACCCGCCCUGCCAUGAGGCCUUCCUACCCCCAACAUCCUGCUCCGGCUCCAGGAUUCCUUCCUCAUCAGCCAUUCCACCAGCCCCAGCCGAUGCUCAUUGGCGGACCCUCAGCCUAUCCUCCUCCAGGUCCUCCUAUGUCAGCUGCUAACUUAUCAGGACCUCCUCUACAGCCUUCAUCUUCAACCCCUGGAGGGAUGCCCCCUAUGCCCAGCCCCGGGGUGCCACCGACAAGCUUCAUGCCAACUACCUCUAUACCGUCAGGCCCCAUGCCACCCAGCUCCCAACCGGGAGCCCCAGUUCCCAUGUACCCAGGGGGCCUCCACAGCCAGGGUCCUGCACCCCCCAUGGCAUCUGGUCCCUAUGCUCCUAUGGGGUCAGGGUAUCCACAGGGAGGCCCCGGUGCUCCUGCUGUGAAGCCGUUCGCAGCCCCUGCCGUCGCUCCUCCCCCCACAGGACCCCAGGAAGGCUGGAAUGACCCACCAGCAGUGCGAGGUGGACCCAGGAAGAAGAAGGUCCCUGACAACUACACCCCACCGGCCCCCAUCACAGCCCCUGUAAUGGGAUUCCCUGUGGAGGCCCCUCAGCCCCACGACCAUGCCCAAGUCCCUCCUGGAGCCCCCCAGGAGCCCAGCGUGCAGCUCCUCCAGCAGCUGCCAGCAGAGAGGGUGGAGCAGAAAGAAAUCCCAGCUGAACACAUGGUCCUCAAAUCCACCUUUGACAGCCUGGUGCAGCGCUGCCAGCUAGCAGCAAGAGACCCACAAACAAAAAGGAAGCUUGAUGAUGCAGCCAAACGUUUGGGAUUCCUGUAUGACAAGCUGAGAGAGCAGUCGCUCUCUCACAACAUCCUGAAUGGUCUGCAUGAGAUCAGCCGCUGCGUGGCGAGCCAGAACUACCAGCGGGGCCUGGAGGUCCACACCCAGGUGGUCAGCAGCAGCAACUUCAGCGAGAUCUCUGCCUUCAUGCCCAUCCUCAAAGUGGUCAUGACCAUCGCCAACAAGCUGGGCGUGUAACCCACCCGCUGGGACACCACGAGCCCACACUUCAGUGUUAUCAUAUUGUUAUAUAUGUAUUUAUUUUUCUCUCUUUUUUUUUUUUUUGACCUGAUGACGUGCUUUGAUAAUGAGAAUAAGUACUGAUUAUAUUGCAGAUUGUGGUCUUCAUCACUCCCUCCUGGAGGUAGUCGGGGCAGCGAGGUGGAUUUUUUUGUAGAUUAAUGUCGAUGUUGCUGUGGUAAUUUUUUGCGAUAAGAUGAAUGUAUUCUGAAAGUCGUGAUUCUGUGUAAAUUCAAACAGUCAAUGCAAAAUGUGAAAUCAAGCGGUGCAAAGUUUGAAUGAAGGCGGUGUUUGGAGAUGUAAGUGCAUCUUCACAGUCCACACUCAAAUGCAUAUAGAUUUUUCAUCUCAGUUCAGCAAAAUAAACAUGGAAACAGAUUUGAAUGCAUGCAGUGCUCCAGCUGCAGGAAAACAAAACAUUCUGGGACUUUGCAACUCCUUCGUCCACUGUGGGGGGUGAUAAUAAAGUCUGGGUUGCGCUUACUAUCUACUGUCAGUGUAGUUUGUACGAGAGAGAAACGGACUCUUUUUAUCAUUUCAAAACAAGCAUCAUUUGUAAAGACUGUAACAUAGAUACUGAUUGUUCUCUUCACCUGCUGUAACAGAUUGUGGCUAGUUAACGGUGCCAUGAGGCGGUGUUGGGCCAAAGCACUGAUGAAGACGGCGAUUGUCAAAGUUUACUCUCUUUUCUGUCAGCCCCUAGUUGCAUAUUGUUAUUUCCUGUUUGCUUGCGUGAAUGACUGAAUCUUACUUCCUCUCUUUUUUUUUUUUUUUUGCAUCAGUACGCAUGUCUCCCCACGUUUUAACCCCUUCCCCCUCACUGCUGAGUUCACAUGGCAGCUCAUGGACAAAAAAAAUUUAUUUAUGUUGAACUGCGAGUGAACCGACACUCACCUUUUCCACCCCAGCCACAUCUUCCUGCUUUUGUAACUCCAGAUUACUUUUUUUUUUUUUUUUUUAGAAAUCGUAUUUGUUUUAGAUUAGAUCAACAUGACAAUGACGGAAACAAAAACAAACAAAAAAGAAAAAUGAACUGAAAAUUGAAAAAAAGAAACAUGGUAUUCUGAGGUUCUGUAGCUGGACGUCAAGCUGGAGCGUUUGGUGUAUCACGGCAGCAGAAGGCAGUGAAGUGCCUCGGCGUGCUCAUUUUGGUUGCACAGAUAUUUAUACAAUCCAUGUCGCUUAUUUUACUCAUUGCGGUAUCUUUUAUUCAAAUAAAGUUUCAUUUCAAA